UCGCUGCUUUUAUAAAUACCCGGCCCCUUUUUAAUGUCUACGUCUUAACUCCGCCCACUCGUCCUAUCUCUGUCACCGAUCUGCUUGGCGCUCCGAAAGAAAGAAAUGGUGGCGCCGCUGCAUCAUUUGACUCCCGCCUUCUUGUUAUGCGUGGCCGCCGUGUCUUCUAUUCUAUUCAUUGACGGCGUUGGAGCUGACGAUCCAUACAGGUUCUUCACCUGGAAUGUCACCUACGGGGACAUCUAUCCUCUCGGCGUUCGCCAACAGGGCAUUCUCAUCAACGGCCAAUUCCCAGGGCCUGAUAUAUACUCUGUUACGAACGACAACAUCAUCAUCAACGUUUUCAACAGCCUGGACGAGCCUUUUCUCCUGACCUGGAGUGGGAUUCAACAGAGGAGGAACUCAUAUGAAGAUGGAGUUUAUGGAACCACGUGUCCGAUACCUCCGGGAAAGAACUUCACUUACAUCCUCCAGAUGAAGGACCAAAUUGGAAGCUUUUACUACUUCCCGUCUCUUGCUUUCCACAAGGCCGCCGGCGGCUUUGGAGGCAUCAGAAUCCUCAGCCGCCCCAGAAUUCCGGUGCCCUUCCCAGACCCUGCUGCUGAUUAUACCAUCCUAAUUGGAGAUUGGUAUACUGCCAAUCACACGGAUUUGAAGGCAAUUCUGGAUGGCGGCAAGAAGCUACCUUUCCCUGAUGGCGUCCUCAUUAACGGCCGUGGCCCCAAUGGCACUUCCUUCACUGUUGAACAAGGAAAAACCUACAGGCUUAGGAUCUCCAACGUUGGGCUACAAAAUUCACUCAACUUUCGGAUUCAGGGCCACAAAAUGACACUGGUGGAGGUGGAGGGAACACACACUCUUCAAACUACCUACUCUUCACUGGACGUCCAUGUCGGCCAGUCGUAUUCUGUUCUAAUCACAACUGAUCAGCCCCCUCUAGACUACUACAUUGUUGCCUCCACUCGUUUUACCUCCCAAGUGCUCACCACCACCGCCAUCCUCCACUACAGCAACUCCGCCGGCCCAGUCUCCGGGGCUCCCCCCGCCGGACCCACCAUCGAAAUCGACUGGUCCCUCAACCAGGCCCGCUCUGUUAGGACUAAUCUUACAGCAAGUGGACCAAGGCCAAACCCACAAGGUUCAUACCAUUACGGUCUCAUAAACACCACUAGGACCAUCAGGCUGGCCAACUCUGCGGGCCUCAUCAAUGACAAGCAAAAAUACGCAGUAAACAGCGUGUCGUUUGUGCCGGCGGACACCCCGCUAAAGCUCGCGGACUACUUCAAGAUCGAUGGCGUUUUUCGCCUUGGAAGCAUAGCUGACAAUCCGACCGCUGGCGGCAUGUACCUUGACACGGCAGUUCUGGGCACCGAUUACCGAGCCUUCAUUGAAAUCGUGUUUGAAAACAACGAGGAUAUUGUUCUCAGCUGGCACCUCGAUGGCUACUCUUUCUUUGUUGUCGGAAUGGAUGGAGGGUCGUGGUCACCAGACAGUAGGAACCAAUAUAAUCUCCGAGACGCAGUAUCACGCUGCACCGUUCAGGUAUAUCCAAAGUCGUGGAGUGCCAUAUACGUGGCGCUUGACAACGUGGGAAUGUGGAAUUUGAGGGUGGAGUACUGGGCGCGACAAUACCUGGGACAACAGCUCUACAUGCGUGUCUACACAACCUCCACUUCCUUCCGGGACGAGUACCCCAUCCCUAAGAACGCGCUUGUGUGUGGCAGAGCCAGCGGCCGCCGCACCCGACCGCUCUAAUCGACCCUCGAAUCUCAAGCUUUAUUUUCCACGCACACAGGGAGAUAACAAGCUUGAUGAAUAUUGAUGAUUCUCUAGGCAGCUAGCUAGCCCGGUUGAUUUAUUGAUGAGGUCGCAUUUAAUUUCCACUGAAUCUAUUCUUCGUUCAUUAUUGUCCAUGCUCUAAGAUGCAUGCAGCAUGCUUGUAUUGGGAAUGCUGACUAAUGACCUCAACUCGAGGUCAUAUUCUUUCUAUUCCAAUUCAACAAUAUUGUGUACUAUCCUUUUGUUUACAUUUGCCACCUCCGAUAAAUCAAGGACGUGGUUCCUCUCCAAGUUGAAAUUAUACA